GGAGUCCAUUUUCUUCCAGUGCACGGUCAUACACGAGGAGGGGAAAAAAAAGGCGAAGGAGGAGAAAGAGACAGAGAGAGAGAGGAGACCGAUUUCCACCCCUCCUCUUUCCCUCUCUUUCACUCUCUCUCUCUACUCCCGUGCAUCACACCCUAGUGGGCUUUACCCGGACUGCACCGCAUUGACGCUGCUGCUGCCGACCCAGCCCAAAGAACUAAUACACCAGCACGCACACACACGCACACAUACGGGGGAUCUGUUUCACGCCAAUGCCCGCUGCUGGAAACUGGAUGCUGUGCAGAUUGCGUGCGUGGAUGUGCAACAAAUACCUCUCUUUCGCUUCUGCCACAGCCCGGAAUCGGACACUGAUUCUCUGUCCUGCGUGGUGAUGUGAAGACUUUGAAGACGGGAGUGACGGAGAGGAUUAUUGCAGCUGCAGCGCAGAGUGCACAACAAGACGCCGGGAUAUUACUCCCCAAGUUUGCGGGGCUCGCGACGCGAAUGUGGCUUUACACUUGCAAGCCUGCGCUCUCUCCACUGCGCUGCGUGCAACAUGGGUGUUGACUGAAGGGGAAGAGUGUCUCGGCGCUGCCACUGAGGUAUGAGGAUGCACUCGUGAGCAUUAAAAAAAACUGCGCUCAGUAAUUCCCGGACCAUGCAGAUUUUGCCGCCUAGGACGUUGUUUGUGUUGUUGGCCCACACGCACGUACUACUGUCUCUGAGAGAUAAUGGGGAAAGUAAAGAGGACAACAGCAGCAGCUCGCACUCUGGAAGGACUUUCCACGGGUCGCUCCGGGAGAGUCAUCAAAACAAAGCCCGGGACCGCGCGCUCUUGCCGGGGUACGCCACAGGUGCGUCCUCGGCGGAACUGCAUGCGCAGCGGGCAAUUAUCCGAGGGUUCCUUAACUCCACUCACCCCUGGAAGAGGGUAAUUGGGGGAGAAUUGAAGCGCAUUGGACACAACAAACGCGACUUCAAUAGGACUGUGACACCCAUGGAGGAUCCCAACGCCGUCUCACAUUGGGACCUGACGCGCCACCACAAUAAGAGGAUAAAGUUGAAUGGCGGUCUUAGUAGUACGGGGACGCCAGCAGGUGGACACUACAAUGUGGAUAAGCCCCCUUCAAUGGGUCGGGGAGAUGGAGGAGGGGGGCAAGAGGAGGGCGACAGGCACAAGAGAGGCACAAAAGACGAGCAGAAGAAAGCCUGGAAGAGGGGGAGAAACCGGCCGAACAAAAGCUCAUUGGUGUUGGCUCAACCUCACGCAUCGCCGUGGGAACCCAUCCCCAAGCCGCUGGCCCUCACCUCCACCGACCUGCCCUUUGACCUCUUCACCAGGAGGACCGAGUUUUUCACUUUCCGAGAGGAGAACCCGUGGGACGCCACGCCGAUCACGCCCCCGAGCUCGCAGGACUUCGGGGACGAGAUCAAGAACCCUUUUUACCCGGUGACAAGUGAGACUUACGGUGCGUACGCGAUCACGUGCGUGUCCGGGGUCAUUUUCCUGGUGGGGAUAGCGGGAAACAUCGCCAUCCUGUGCAUCGUGUGCCAGAACUACUACAUGAAGAGCAUCUCCAACUCUCUGCUGGCCAAUCUGGCAGUAUGGGAUUUUGUGCUCAUCUUCUUCUGCCUACCCAUGGUGGUUUUCCAUGAACUGACAAAGUCCUGGCUGCUGGGAGAAUUCACCUGCAAAGUGGUUCCCUAUGUGGAGGUGGCCUCCCUGGGCGUGACCACGUUCACCCUGUGCGCCCUGUGCAUUGACCGCUUCCGUGCCGCGACCAACGUCCAGAUGUACUACGAGAUGAUCGAGAACUGCACGUCCACCACUGCCAAGCUAGCCGUCAUCUGGAUCGGCGCCCUCCUCUUGGCCCUCCCGGAGCUCCUCAUUCGACAGCUGGUGACGGAGGACACGGGCAUCCCGGACGAGCCUCCGGUCGAACGCUGCAUUAUCAGGAUAUCCACCUCGCUCCCCGACAUGCUCUACGUUCUGGGCCUGACGUACGAGGGAGCUCGGCUGUGGUGGUGCUUCGGCUGCUACUUCUGCCUGCCGACCCUCUUCACCAUCGGCUGCUCGCUGGUCACGGCGCGCAAGAUCCGCCGAGCCGAGCAGGCCAGCGUGCGCAGCAACAAGAAGCAGAUCCGGUUAGAGAGCCAGAUGAACUGCACCGUCGUGGCGCUGGCGAUCGUCUACGGUGCGUGCGUGGUGCCCGAGAACAUCUGCAACAUAGUUUCGGCCUACAUGGCGGCCGGCGUUCCCGAGCACACCAUGUCAGUCCUCCAUCUCCUCUCCCAGCUGCUGCUCUUCUGCCGGGCCGCCGUGACGCCAGCGCUGCUGCUUCUGCUUUGCCGCCCGCUGGGCAGGGCCUUCCUGGACUGCUGCUGUUGCUGCUGCUGCAACCACGCUCCCUCCUCGGCCACGGCCAGUGACGAUAACGAACACGAGUGCACCACCGAGCUGGAGCUGUCGCCGUUCAGCACCAUCCGCAGGGAGCUGAGUAACUACACACCUGCUGGCUCCAACUGCUAAACUGACGUUCCUCAUCAGGGAAGGAGGUUUCGCUAGCCCGCUAUCUGCCCGUGGCUAGUAUGUCUCAGAUCCGGCUAGGAGAGAUUUGCCUUACCCAGUCCUCUCGAAUUUUUACAUGGGUGCAUGAAGAAGGGCAACACUGAGAAAUCAUAUUCACCCAGUGGUCCUCAACUUACCAGUAACUAUAUAACCAUUAUUUUCCAGUACAGCUAACACUCACGCCCUGGGGUGCUCUUCAAACAGGGUCACAACAUGUUUUUAGCAAUCCUGCCUGAAACCCUUAAAACUUACAAACCUCCCUCCUGUAGGCCUUGUAUGCCUAAAUAUCUUUUGGCAGCGAAUGAACUCUUAACCUGUCGAAUGCCUGGUCCUCUCAAGAGAGAAGAAAAUUAACCAGAUUCUAAAAAAAAAAAACUAAAGGCAACAACAUUUAUUCUGUAAAGUGAUCAUACAGAGCAUUAGUUGGCCAACAGUUUGUGACGAUAAACCACCACUAAUUACAUUUAUGUAUGGGGGAACUCUGUACUAUAAAGCUUAAGGGACAAAUGAUCAAUCAAGUUCCAAAUGUAUCACUGUAUCAAUGGGGCCUAAUCAAUCCUAAAGUGCACCUUGUCUAAUGACUCAGUUUUAGCACCCAGCUAAACAUGUAGGCUGACACUGCCUAUAGAGGUACACCACUAAGUUUACAGACUACAUCUGCUGUAAAUGUACAGCUCGUCUAAUGGUGCACAUAUGGGACCAAGGCUUACGAUAAUUAAAGCUAGCGCAGGGCAUCUUGGUUGUAAUAUCAGUUUGUAAAAGGCAAACAAAGAGAAGAGAGGGGGACUGCAUUGGAGAAUCCAAAUGUACACUUACACUGUAUAUUGAAAAACAUCCAAUUGACUCAGAUGUAACUGGGCUGGUCUCAGAGUACAACAAACACGGACAUGUGUGGAAUUAAAGGGUUUGGAAAAGGGACAAAUUGAAAUCAAAUUGGAGGCGAACGAAGGGGAGUGGAAUCGAAUCAGACUAUACGGAUCAAAUUGAAUGGAGGUGAUGGAUCUCAACACCGUGGAAUAAAACUGAAAAGGGACGGACUCAGCACGGACUGAAGUAUCUGCACUACACUGUUGUAUCAUGUUACGCCUUACACAUUGGGCUGUAUAUAUACUGUACACUUUAUUUGGUGCUCUUAUGAUGAAUGCGCUGUAAACAACAAAUCCAUAGGUUCGACUUAGAAUCACAAGGAACUGAGCUGCGUACUUUGUUUUGGGUCAAGAAGACGACAGAUUACAGUUACAUGUGAGUAUGUGGAAUACGUGAACAAUGGCAGUGGUAGAAGAUAACAACAAAACACUGAAGAGUUUCACUGAGCUGUUUUGGAAAAUUUCUCCUAAAUCUUUAGACGUAUGCAAGAGUUGCUUGACAGAAGCGUGGUGGCACUUUAUUUUACAGUACAGUCGUGACUUCUGUUUACUUGAUCACUGAUAAAUACGGAAAUGUUCGUUACUGUAACUAACGUUGUACAGUUCAGUAGAUGCAAUAAUUAACUUUUAUCCACAUUUUAUUUAUAUGUUGGUACAGAAAUAUAAUUUCCGGUAGUCAGUUCUAUUAUGCGGCAUUUACAGGGCAAUAAUUAUCAAUCAUUUAUUUAACAAUGAAGCCACAUUAUUAACCUAUUUUUUAAAAUAGUGCCAAUACUGCAUAAACAAAGUGUAAAUACUAGAUAACUGCUAGAGGAUUGUAAAUAUACAAGGGAUUAUAGAUUUGUACCAAUAAACACUCGAAAAAUCAUAUUUAUUUUAUUUUAUUUAUUUACGCUCUCUGAACUGUAAAACAAAGUGCUACAAUUAACCUUAAGGCAAGACCAUGAAGGACCAUUCGCUAAACCCCUCCCCUCGACCAGUGAUUGUUCAGUCAUACUUUAGCUAUCGCGGCUAAGCGCAACAGAUUUGUCAACUUUUGUACUGCUGCUUGGUACUUAGCAUUUAAACACAGCUGACAUUUAAUAAAAUAAAAUAAAAUAAAAUAAAACAAAUACACAAGCCCCGAAGUGCAAAUUUGUUUGCAUCUUUGCCCAACUAGCUUCUUCCCUACAGGGUACAUGCUAUGCUAAUGUUAACUGCUUUCUUUGAUAUUUUAUCUGGAAAGUUUACACAACCCCAAACAUUGUUACUCGAGAUACUGUUUAGCGAAAUGCAAGUCCUCAUUUUGAAAACUUUUCUCUAAUAAGCGUAAAAGUGAAAACAAACAAGAAUACAAACAAGUAGCCUUUGCAAGCUAAGCAGCCAAGAACGUUAAUAUUAGAAAAUAAACAGAUGCAGUUUUCCCUGAACAUGUAGCUUUAGCUUUUAUUUAGCGUGGUCAUACUGCAUGUAGCUUUUAAGCUCAUAUUUAAGACGGAGGACUAUCAUCGAGUCAGCUGAGGACAGCAUUUUCAACCAACGUGAGCUACUACCAUUAGCUUCGUUAGCUAGCUAAAGCUGGGUAGUGGCUAGCUAUAAAUGGAUAGCUUGUUUUUUCCUACCUAUGUCUGAAAUCAAGGACUAUUUUGAUGGUAAAUCUGCCACCAUUAUUGCUACAAACUGUACGUAUGUGUCAUGUCAUACUAAAAAAACACGACAAGUGUAGCAUCUAUAACUAUUGAGGGCGGGGCCUAGCAAACAGUCAGUUUUACAGUGUAAAAAAAAAACUCUUGACCUCAACAGAGAGAGGAAGUCCCGUCACUUUGGGUGGACGACCAUGUGACUUUAUUUCAAAAAGGACAUUAUAUAUAUAAUUCAGGUAUAAAACUGAAAGAUGUGGCACCUUCAAAACUACCUAACUUCAGAAGUUAGCGAGAGCCACUGAAUUUUAAGAUAGGUAGCUCAAACAUAGAAGUGUGUUUCAACUAUUUUAAUACAUUUUUCUUCCUAUUUCACAAAGAACCAAGUGAAAUGUGCCAAGGUUAUGGCAAUGUAGGCUACAAUGUGCAAGAUUACAGUGUAGCUCCACAGUUUCACGUAAAAAAACUGAAUUUAAAUCGCCAAAAUCGAGGAGCAAUUCAAUGUAUGAAACACAUAUAUUUGGCUGUCAUACAUUCUUCUUUUUACUGAAAUAAGGUUCCACAUUGUCCACCAGAAGGGAUUUCAUCUCUCUAUUAAACUUUGCAGUUUCAUUACUUGAGCUUUUAAGGAGAACCAAUGAAAUGUUAUUCACAGUGUAUAAAUUUACAAGUGUAUUGUACUGUAAAUCUGUUUUCUUAAUCCUACUAAUCAGACCUGGGUCAAAUCAAGUUUCAAAUCAUUAAUUCUCUUCAGACUUCAGUCUAAAAAAUUCUUAAAAAUGAAAAUGACUAAACACUCAUUAUAUAAGCUCUCACAGGAGAUUUUUAGUUAAGGUUAGAAGGUGCAGUCGCUUAUGGCUAAAAAUAUUUUUUUGUGUGUGAAAUUUCAAAAUAUCAAUGUUUUUAAGAUUUAAAUGCAGGAUUAAUAAUGGUGAACCUGGUUUUGACCCAGGUGUGAUGUUCAUCGGUAUACUGUAUAUUGCGAUGAAUCUUUUGCAUAUGAUUCUGCACUGCCAAACACCCUCUCUUUCUGUCUGUCUCUUGUGCUCUUGUGGUAGUAGCACUAUCUCUGGGUGUCUCUCUCAGCAUGGUGGUCAGUUUACAUUUAGACCCAUCGCUACAGGAGGAAUAUUACUUCCAGAGAACAGGAAUCAGCUGUGGCCCCUUUUGCAUCUAAUGAACUCUGGUAGAACCUGGUGGGUGUAGCCUCUGGUUGGCGUUGCCUGUAGUUCAAGUUAAUAGAGGAUAUGAGGAGGAGGUCUGCAACACAAUCCCCUGCAGCCUGUUUGACAUCUUGUUUUAUUAUCAUCGCUGUCAGCGUAUUGUUGGCAAAUAUGUAAACCUGUCCAGGGAUCUUAGUUUUGCGGACUUGCACAGUUUUUCACCUGGAAAAACUUGGGCUUUUUAUAUGUAAUCCAGUCAGUGAGUUCAUCUAAAGCCUUCCUUCUGAUGAUGAUGGGACCUCCGUGUAAACUGACCUCUAAAUCUGAUUUUUUGCAUAUUUCUGGAAGUAUAGCUCAUAAAUGGCUCAGUGUGUAGUAACGUGGUUGAAUCUAUUGAUGAAGUGAUUCUUGUAAAUCAGUCAGUGAGACGUUUAUUCUGAACUUUGUGAGUAUCCUCUUCACUCUGAGCGAAAUGUGUCUGUAUUUGAUACCUGAAAAUGUAAGCACACAACCACUAUUGUCUCUAAGUCUAGUCACUGGUUUCUAAAUAGCUUUUUAUAUAGCCAAAAAACUGUCCCUUUGUUUAUCAAAGACCUUUAUCUUGAAAACUGUAUAUUAAAAUCCUAAAUGUACCAUUA